AUGGCUUUCCGAUCCCUUACAUUGUUCGCCCUCUGUGGCGUCUCCCUUGCCGGACCGUCAGCACCACCACUUAGACCCGUCAGCACUCUGUUCGAAUUCCCCAACCCUUCCUACAUUGAGAACCUGGCCGUCCGAAGCAACGGCCAGAUUCUCAUCUCGGAUCUCAGCACCUCACAGCUCACCCUCUUCGACCCUUCAGCUUCGGGACCCAAGAAACCCGUCUUUGUGCACGACUUCACAGAGUCUCUUGGCCUUGCUGGCAUCGCAGAGUAUCAGCCAGACGUAUUCGCCGUCAUCACAGGCAAUACUUCCUUCACAAGUGACGUCCCCAGUGCUGGGACAUGGAUCGUUUGGAGCGUCGACUUGCGCGGUGUCGACAUCUCUUCAACGCACGGCCAAGUGGGACUACUUGCAUCGCCGCCUGCAGUGAAGAAGAUUGCGCAUGUUGAGGCCGCACAGUUCCUCAAUGGCAUUUCAGUUCUCUCGGAGCAAGACCAAACGCUCCUUGUCGGCGACGUCAACGGCGGCGUCAUCUGGAGGCUGGACAUCAAGACGGGACAUUACGAGGUCGCCAUCAACAACACUUACACCCAGCUCUACCCAGCGACGCCCUUUUCCGCGUCAGGAGUCGACGGUCUCCAUGUCCGCGAUGGCUUCGUCUACUUUACAAACUUUGGAAACGGCACCUUCAACAAGAUGCCCAUCAACCGGGACGGAACGCCAGCAGGGCCCGUCACGACGCUUGCCCAUAACCACGGGCCGCUUCACGAAUACGAUGACUUUACCUUUGACUGUGACGGGAACGCCUUUGUGGUUACGGGAGGCGAAAACACCAUUGAGAUGAUUUCCGCGGAUGGGAAGCGCCAGGUUGUCGUUGCUGGCAAUCUCAAUUCUACUGCGAUUGCGGAGCCGACGUCUUGUGCUUUUGGUCGUGGGCCGCACGACAAGAAUAUUCUCUAUGUUGUCACUGCAGGUGGAAUGGAGACGCCGGUGAAUGGGAAUGUUGUUAUAGGGGGACAGUUGGUUGCGGUAAACACAACAUCGAGGGGUUCGGCUUGCUAA